CCAGCGGCCCGCCUCAGUGCUGGCUCAGCCAACGCGGAGGGAAGAGGUACCGUGUCGCUCGUUCCUUCAGAGCUUCCGAGAGAGAGUGUGCGCCCGGCCGGUGCCAGUGCGAGAGCCAAGGACCGCAGCGAGCAGGUUCUCCUUGAGUUCUCCUCGCUGGGAAAUGACUGUUGAACCUGUCUUCUCGUGGCUUAGGAAAUCACUACGGGACGCAUGAUGCUUCUGAAAGGAAUGAUAUAGGAUGUUUUAUAUGUCACACUCCGAUCGCCCGUCAGUGGUACCAAUGGUAGAUUAAAACAGAUAAAUCUCGCAAGGAAAGCUCGGCCGAGAAGCGCCCAAGCUCGUAGUAAGAUUCAGUGACCUUUUUCCUGUGGCUGACCCGAAGGACCGAAAGCAGGAUGUGCCCCAACAAGGGCUCCUUCGCCGGAGGAUGCCUGUAGUCCGCCCACGACUUUGAAAAGUGAGAGAGACCAAAUCCGCGCGCCAUGCAGUGGACUAGCCUUCACGGGCGUACGGGCGUGGGCGUUCUUAUGGUGUUGACUUUGGUGCUGCCCACACACUUGCAGGGCGUGGCGGAAGGGAAAGUCCACCGCAGCCGCCUUCCAGAGGAUGUCCUUGAUCUUCCAGACACCGCCGGUCACAGUCACAAAGUUGACGUUAAGUUCUCAGGUCAUCAUACUCUUUCGCCCAAAUUACUGCGUCGGAGAUCGAACGACGAGGCGGCCAGACAGCAGCAGCACCAUCAACACCACCAGCACCAGAAUCAUCACCACCAUCGCGAAAACCAUCUUCACCACAGUUUAAAUCAUCACAGCAAUCAUCACAACCAGCACCCCCAGUCACAGCAACUGAAACAACCCAAACAACACCAAGAACACCAUCACCACCAACAGAAACCACACCACCAACACCACCAACACCAACAGAAACACCUCCAGCAACACCACCACCCCGUCAGCUACCCAGACAGUCGGCGAUUCAGAGGCAGGCUGUCGGUCGAGAGAGGUUUUGCCUUCCGGGCUGACGAAGAGAACGGCGGGCGUGUGGGCGUGUAUCCCGUGGGUUCUCCUGACGAAGGCGGUGCGGCGAACCCCCCCAUGGACGCCGCAGCGAUAGGGCCUCCUCCAGGACCGAGCUUCGACAAGACGCUGCCGAGGAACGUCACUAUCCAGGCGGGCAAGAUGGCGAUUCUGUCUUGCAGGGUGUUCAAUAUCAAUGAUAAGUCGGUAUCCUGGAUUCGGCUUGACGACCUGCACAUCCUCACCGUCGAUAAAUACAAGUACAGCACGGACCAACGUGUGUCCGUGGUGUUCAACGAGCCAAAUCUGGAGUGGGUGUUACGGAUCCGCAGUGUCACGCCGGCGGACCAGGGGCGUUACGAGUGCCAGGUGUCGACGAAGCCCGUGCUGAGUUAUAUUGUGAAUAUGAGGGUAGUGGAUGGUCCAGUCACCACGCCCUUGCCAGAUCUGCAAAUCACGGGAGAGCAGGAAGAUGUUAGUGAGCAGAAAGUUCCCAGAGCGUGGAUUCUCAACGCUCCGGAGAUCUACGUGCACCGUGGUUCGCCCAUUAACCUUACGUGCGUCAUCACCCAUGGUACAGAGAGACCCGUUUUCGUCUAUUGGUAUCAUGAGAAUAAGGUGAUAGACUACGACGGACGAGGGGGCGUGUCCGUGUCCACCCAGACGACCAAGGACACGGUGAGUUACCUGCUGGUGGAGGAGGCGGGGCUUAGCGACUCCGGCAGGUACACGUGUAGCCCUUCGAAUGGAGAAGAUGCCUCCGUCAGGCUGCAUGUGUUGAAUGGAGAGUACCAGGCCGCCAUGCAGACCAACAGAGGCUCCACAUCCACCUUCCCGUGGCGGCUCCACCUCUUGCUGACAGCUAUCCACAUGGUCUAUUCACUCUUCCACCUCCUGGAUGGCAGGAAUUCCUAACCACAUUCGCUCGCCUCUUCAUCCUGUCGGGAAAAAGGUGAAAUGAAAUGACAAUUUUGCACAAAAUACGGACGCGUCUCAGACACCAGCACGGUCUUGAGGAAAGGAGAAAAGGGAGAGAGAAAGAAAGAAAAAAAUGAAAACGAGAGGGAGUAGAAAUAUAUAUUAAGCAAGUAAAAGAAAAAAGAAAAGAAAAGAUAAACGUUGAAAUAGAAAUGAAAAAAAAAAAGACAGAAAAAGAGAAAGAAAAAAAUAAAUAUCAAAUGUAUAUCAAAACAAAAGAAAAGUAAAAGAUAAAAUAAGACAAAAAACAAAUUAAAAUAAAGGUGAUUCGAAACUUUACGAAGCUUCGAUUACUUAUUCGAUGAGGCUUCGUCGGUCUUCCAUAGUGAUGGGUAUUUCGAGCCAAGAACACUCCGACCUCUUAAGUGUCACUGAAACCUGGUCUCGUGUUGACGUCUUGGAGUAAACAGCAAAGGGAGUGAGCGGAGUUUGUAGCCGAAUCACGCUUCUCUUGGAAAAUGUGAAGGAAGGAAAUUUCGAAAAGAAAAGAAGGAGGAAACGAAUGAUCGGAAAUGAGGAUAAUGUUUGUUAAUUCGAUGAAGAUAGAGCGCGAGAAACGAAGCUCGGUGAGAGAUGAGAGUGACGAAAGACUUUUAUAAGAGACUGGAUUUUUUGUGUGAUUACAUGUAUACAUUAUAUGCAUAUAUGUAUAUGUAUAUAUAUAUGUAUGUAUGUAUAUAUAUACAUAUAUACACACAGAUUAUAUUGUACCUACCAGGGACGGUGUUUCCCUCCAGCUGUCAAAUUUGCGCUAGACUGAAAACCUGAAUUCAUUUGUGUAAAAAAAAAAAAAAAUCUAAUCACUUAAGUUUAGACAUAAAUUUGUUUGUGAAGCUGUUGCUACGAGCCCCUCAUUCGCCAAAA